AUGCCGUCCAGUCAUCGCCCCGAUUAUGAAGCUUUCCGGAGAGCAGGACGUCUGCCGCACCUUGGAGCCAACCCGGCCACGAGCGGCUUCAUGUGGCCUUGCAUCAAUCAGGAGGACCUGCUGCAGACGCAGUCGCUUCCACUAAUGCUGAAUGCGAGAGGGAGGGAGCUCCCUUCUAGUUUUGCGGCAGCGGAUUUGGAAGCUAUGCACUUGGGCAUUGUAUGCGAGGCAAUCGAGCGGAGCUUUCUGAACGAAUAUACGAUGAUAUUGAAUGGGGUGACGGCCGUGGAGGAAUACGGACGACUGCUCUCGUGGGAUGACCAUGCGGACGCCUUCGACUGGAUGAAUACUCAGAAGCAAUUCAGUCCAGGUGAUGGCCUUAUCGUUCUCCAAGCUCAGGACAGGCUGAUGAGAUUUCUUGUGGACUGUUGCCAGAGCAUACUUCAUGAUAUUGACAAGGACCAGCUAACAAACAACGUAUACCCUAUCCAGCCAGAGCCGCCUUUAAAGACGGAGAGCGAACUGAAUGGCUUCGAGUCGCUGGCCUUGAUGGCUGCCGAAGCACCUUACCGAGUCCCGGCCCAGCUUGACAUGAAACGUGUUGAAUCACUACUGGCAGCAAAAGCUCAGGCAGCCGAAGACCACCUUUGGGCUUUACGGGAGGACCCUGAUUACUUUCGCCAGCAUCUCUUAGACGCAAGGGAGCAUCGACAAGAAUUAAUUCCAGACACCCUUGACCACACCCAUCCGACUCUAACCCCAGGUCGCGAGCACAUCUUUUGGGCACGCGUGAUUGGCAAUGCCAUAUUCAAUGCUUACUUUGACCUCGAGCUCUUCUCGGAACUCCACUACCAAGUACAAGGAUUGGUUACUUUGCAGGAGAGGUACAAAUCGGACAUUUCGCCAAUGGAAGACCUCCCUGAAGAAUACCUACUCGCCCUGUUAAAGUUCCGCCAUUUCCUUAACCAGGCAAUCAAAGGACCCUUGGCACAGCUGAAACAGACCGUAGUGGCAUCUCCACCGAUGCGAAGGUUUUAUGUUCGCUAUCCGCCAAUCGACAACGCUUCGCCUAACAUCGGCAUCGUGUCAAAAGGGCUCAAGAUGAAUAAGGUCGUGGCCAGCUUACCUACCUGCUUCGAACGCUAUGAACUAAAGCGUCUCUUGCUCGCCGAGCCGACGGCGAGCGAUCUCAUCUCUAGCACUGUCGCGAGCAUCAUUGGCAACGCCUCUAUCAUUUCCCAGUGCCUUCACCAACCUGACGUAUAUCAGCCAUGGGCCCGCAACUUUGAGGACGAAGCCGUGAGUGUGCAAGAUGACCUGGAGAAAGCCUUUGCCACCAAGAGCAAACCGUGGACCCAAAUGCUUGCCUGCCUGAAGGAUGUGAACCUGAGCAAGGUAGUAGAGCUCGGGAAACCGCUGCUUGGAAAGUUUAUAUAUCCCUUUGACAAGCGUCGAACAAAGGAGAAUGUGGAGAAGCUACGCUUGGCUGAGCAGAAUCUUGAUAGAUUUUGGGCCCAAGUUGACAGCUUAAUGUUUUCAGGACCUGGGAUAGAGCUGGGGUCCGCUGCGCAAAGGCUCCUUUCGCAAGCCCAUCUUUUGCAGCGGACUCCGGAAUGGGUCGAGCAGCCAAAGCCUCGGGUCGCUGGAGCUCCUGCUGUUGAACAACCGCUCUCGCCCACGCAGACGAAGCCGACCAAAGCUAAAGUGAAGACUAGAGGCGUGGCAGACCAGCAGGCAGACCAGCAGGCAGACCAGCAGGCAUUGGAGAGCAUCCAAACCAGUCGUGAGGAAGAGGAGGCCAAACUUCAACCCUGCUUCAGAGUUGACAAUCGCGCGCUAAAGGUCUUCCGCACAUUAUUCUUCAAUCCUGAUGCUACAUCCACACCUGGAGAGGUACCUUGGUAUGACUUUGUACAUACCAUGACUUCGAUCGGCUUUAUGGCGCAGAAGCUUUACGGAUCAGUCUGGCAGUUCUCUCCCACAAGCUAUGAUGCCAAAGCAAGCAUUCAGUUUCACGAGCCACAUCCCAGAGGCAAAAUGUCUUUCAUGGUCGCUAGACGCCAAGGUCGGAGACUUGCACGGGCGUAUGGUUGGACCGGAAGCAUGUUCAUCUUGAACAAAUAA